CAAGCCUCCACGCAUCUCGGCACGCAAGCGAAGUUGAAAGUUUGGAACUCCGCACUCCGCACUCCAUGCACCCUGGCCGACCGCUGUUGUGUGUUCCAUCCUGCUCAUCGGUCGGAAGGCCAUUUAAGGAUGGAAGAGAGCUAGCAUCUCUGCUCCCGUCAUGGAGCCCGUCAUACCCCUCUUGACUGCGCACCUCCUCCUCGCAACCCCUGCUGAAGGUACAUCCAUACACUACCAUGGCUCCCACUGACACACUCAAUUUCCAGUGCGUCGCCAUCACUGGCGGCGCUGGUGGUCUAGGGCGGGCACUGGCAGAGUACUUUUUGAAGCUCGGAAAGAAGGUCAUCAUCGCCGGGCGCACCGAGUCAAAGUUGCAAAAGACUUCCAAGGAGCUGGGCGAUCUGCCCUACUACGUAGUCGACACGUCCAACCUCGACCAAGUCAAGACUUUUGCGCAGAAGCUCAUCAAGGAGCACCCGGAGGUCGAUGCUGUGGUGGCCAACGCAGGCGUUCAGCUGCCGCUCGACGUCAACAAUCUCAAGCUGGAAGAUGUGGAUGCGGAACUUCGGACCAAUGCGCAUAGCCCUGUUCACUUGGCCACCCACCUGCUGGACCACUUCAAGUCCAAGCCUGCUGCGCGCAUCUUUUACGUCUCUAGCGUGCUCGGAUUCGCGCCUUCUAGCAUCCUCAAUCCCGUCUAUAAUGGCACCAAAGCUUUUAUCCACUUUUGGGCCAUUGCGCAGCGAGUGCAGUUGAAGGAGACCAACGUGCGCGUAAUCGAGCUGGUCCCACCCUCUGUGGCCACCGAGCUCCACAGAUCUCGCGUGGAUCCGGAAGACUCGCACAAGAACCCGGAAAGCUUGCGCGUGGAGCAGUGGAUCAGCGAUACGGCCAAAGGGCUCGAGUCCAAUGCGGACACUGUCUCUGCCGGACGCGGCAUCGCAUUGACGCAGAAAUGGGACGAGACGUUUGGGCAGAGCGAGACUAUGAAGAAGGCUGCAGCGUCAUGGAAGGGCUUCCCCACCAAGUAGCUCCGUCACGAUCACACUCGCGAGACGGCGUCUGCAAUAGAUGCAUCUCUGCUCCAGACUAUGGUGUUUAUUCGAUUCACGAUUGUUGACUGGCAAUGAGUCGUCGC